AUGCUUUCUGUACAAUCUCGCAUAAAGGUUGUGCGAAUCCUGGUGUCUUGGUUAAUACAAGAAUUUACAAGCAAGCCACCUACAGAUGUCAAGGUCGCUCUAGCCAAGGCGGUGGUGUCGCAAUUUCCCAAGCUAAAGGACCUUGAAGGAGUAGGUCAUAUUCAGCAGGACUUCAGGAUUCUUUAUCCAGAGGUUGCAGAUAAGCUGUUCUUAGAGUGGCCCAAAAUAGCUCCCCUGGUACUGAAGUAUGCAGACCUCCAUAACCCGACAUGGCGGGAAUCUUUGACUGUUCCACAUCUCGCAUCUUCUGACUUGACAUGUCCUGCAGCAGAAGUGGAGACCAUGGCACUUCUUGCGCUUCCUCAAAUCUCGCCUCCAGGAAUGAAGAAGGUGGGGAAGCGUAGUAUGAGAUGCAGCAGGGCAGAAUCAUCCAAAGCCUUCAUCAACAUCGGCCCAGUGGGGACAAACCUUCCAGAGUACCUAGAGAACUGCCAGCAAAAGCAACCUUUUGUGCUCGCCCUUGGGGACAUCCUCAAGCCAGAGCAAGUGUUCGUUAUUUACGGUGGUGCUGCCUUGGAAGCAAUGUCCCUCAUUCACGGAGUGGACCUUUGCUUUAAGGCCAUCUAUAUUCUGUGGGUAAAUUAUCCUUGGGAGGCAGCCAACACUUAUGACUUUCUGCAGAAAGUCAUUUACAAGAUGGAUGAUGGAAACCCCAACUGCAAGACCACAACGCCAUCUAGUACCAUUUCCCUUAGGCUUACAUCUCUAAUUUUUCAUCAUAGAGUCCUAGGCAUGGAGUGGUGCAAGAAACUUGCAAUUGAUUGCAAGUCAUUUUCAGGUACCGGCCUAAUCAAUCAUUAAUCUUACAAUCAAUUUCAAAUUUGCAAUUGAUUGCUGGUCAACAAAUAUAAAUUAUUUGCUUUAGUUAAGAUUGUUGUAUCACUUGUAAAUUUUUCAACCAAAAUUUGGGAUUGAUUGUAAAUGUUUUCUUGCAACACCCCCUAAGAAGAACAAACUGCUGUUUGGGGAAUUGUUCCUGGAGUAUGCAGAUUGAAAUGCUAUCUUGUACAUGUUUACUGAAGUCAUAUCAAAACUCCAAGCAAAUUAUACUGUUUGUUUUGACAUAUUUUGCAAAUGUGGGCUACUACCUUUAAAGUCUUAUUCAAACAAGGCACGACAAAGCUCAGCAACUUUUGUGUACAAAGUCAAUGGGAUAUGAGGCGUCAAAUAUGUUUCAGAGACAAGUGACCUUUUUUGAAAAGUAGACAAAUUAAAUUUCUUUAAAUAGCGCAAAAUAAUUUUUCCAGAUGAUCUUUAUACAGGUUAUAGUUAUACUAUGUUACGUGUGAUGAUGCAAAAUGCUUUUUGUGCCACUUUCACCAUUUAACAUAGGAAUUGGUAAGAAGGUCAUACUGGCUGUUACUUGAAUAAAUUCAUGAAAAUGGUCUAAACAAUGACAACAGGCUACAUCUGGAGGAAUAACAUAAUUCUUAAAAAAUUGAAUUUCUCGGAUUGUCAUCAGACCUACCAACUUCUCCUUUUUAAAAGGAGUUACUCCUUUUUAGAAAUUUUAAUAUACAUUUACCAUAUGGUUAAAGAAAUCUUAUUGUCCAGGUAUCUUACACUAAUCUAUGUGAAAUAUGCUGUGACUCCUAUUUUUUAAAUGAAUCAGUCCUAUAUUUAAGUUUACAGGUUGGUAGGCAUGUGGCAUUUUUGAAAAAUUGUUUUUCAAAAACAGGAUCACUGUAAGUAGAAUUUGAUAAAUGAAUAUAAAAAGCGGUUUCUUAGCUUUAGGUAAAUUCAGAAUUAGAUUGUCAACGACAUUCAUGAUCAUCUCAUGAAUAUGUUUUUUUUUUCAUUGUACUCUAGUUUUGCAUGAAUACAAUGCCAGCAAUGGCCGAACGCUAUGGCCCGAAUUCACA